AUGGGCGAUGCCUACCCCAGACUCAGGGAGCAGCAAGCGCAAGUGACCAGUGCGCUUAAAUCAGAAGAAGCGCGUUUUUUUGAGACCUUGGAAAAGGGUAUGGAGAUUUUGGAUCAGGCCUUACUGGCCGAUCCUAAAAAUCUACCUGGUAACGUGGCUUUUAAAUUGCACGACACCUACGGCUUUCCUUUGGAUCUAACGCAAGACGUGUGCCGUGAACGUGGUGUUGCAGUUGAUGUGGCCGGUUUUGACGCAGCCAUGCGACAACAAAAAAACACGGCCCGUGCAGCCGGUAAAUUCAAAAUGGAUAAGCUGCUGCCAUACGAGGGGCCGACUAGUACCUUUACAGGUUACGAGCAGCUGCAAGGGCAGGCCAGCGUUUUGGCCCUCUACUACGAAGGCGAAGCCGUUACUGUCCUCACCCAAGGACAGGUGGGGGUCGUGGUGUUAGAUAAAACCCCUUUUUAUGCCGAAAGUGGCGGUCAAGUGGGCGAUCAAGGCACUAUCAGCCAUGCAGACACGGAUUUUUCCGUCAGCGACACGCAAAAAAUCAAAGCCGAUGUAUAUGGCCAUCAUGGCCAAGUCAAUCACGGACAUUUGCGAGUUGGUGAAAAAGUGCAUGCACAAGUGGAUGUACAAGUGCGGCAAGCGACCAUGCGCAAUCAUUCCGUUACGCAUAUCAUGCACAAGGCUCUGCGUGAAGUGCUGGGCACGCAUGUGCAGCAAAAAGGUUCACUUGUCACCCCUGAGCGUACGCGGUUUGACUUUACCCAUAACGCACCUAUAAGCACCGAGCAGAUUCGGCAAAUUGAACGUACAGUCAACGCUGAAGUUCUGAACAACAGCGCCACACAAGCACAGGUCAUGACGCUAGAAGCCGCCCAGGCCACAGGCGCAGUCAUGCUAUUUGGUGAGAGAUAUGGCGAAGUAGUGCGCGUACUGCAAAUCGGCAGCUCAGCCGAGCUGUGUGGCGGCACCCAUGUCGCUCGCACAGGCGACAUUGGCCUAUUCAAAAUCGUGGCAGAAAGUGGUGUUGCUUCAGGCGUGCGGCGCAUAGAAGCACUGACCGGCGCGCCCGCGCUGGCAUAUGUGCAGCAACUUGAAGGCACCGUGCAAGCAGCUGCACAAACACUAAAAGCACCAGAGACUGAAGUGCUGACCCGCAUCGCACAGAUGCAAACACAAAGCAAAGAGCUGGAAAAAGAAAUAGCCACGCUCAAAGGCCAAUUGGCCUCCAGCCAAGGCGAUGAGUUGUUGACGCAGGUUCAGGAUAUUCAAGGUAUCAAAGUCUUGGCAGCCGAACUGGCUGGCGCAGAUGCCUCGCGUUUGCGAGAAACCAUGGACAAGCUCAAAGACAAACUCAAAACCGCGGCCAUUGUGCUGGCUGCUGUUGAUGGCGAUAAGGUGCAGUUGGCAGCAGGGGUCAGCAAAGACUGCAUGGGCCGCAUAAAAGCGGGAGACUUAGUCAAUCAUGUGGCAUCGCAAAUAGGCGGUAAAGGCGGUGGCAAGCCUGAUAUGGCAAUGGCUGGCGGUACCAAUCCAGCUGGCUUAUCUGCAGCUUUGGCCAGUGUCGCAGACUGGGUAAAACAGCGAAUUUAA